AUGAAAACAUACGCUUGUGUUUUGGCUGCCAUGCUAGCGGUGGUAGCAGUGCCCACAGAAGCAUUCUUUUUGAAGACAGGAUUAGGAGGAGGCACUGGCGGCGGAAGUGAUGCCUCAGCUUCGACAUCAUCUUCUUCAGGAGGUUGGCUACCCAUUGGUGUUCCAGAGCCAGCACCAGCUCCUGCUCCUGUUGCGUCUUCACAAUCGAAACAAAUUUUCCUAACUGUUACCCAUUCUCAGCCCCAGACAUUUGUUCAACCUACAUACGUGCCUCAACCUACAUACGUGCCACAGCCUAAGCCUGUCUACGUUUCAGUCCCUCAACCCCAGCCUGUGUACGUAUCGGAGCCACAACCUCAACCCCAGGUCAUUGCUCCUCCCAGGCCAGUCUAUGUUUCGAGACCCCAGACAGUACGAUACGUACAACCUGCUCCUCAACCAAGACCUCAGCCCAUACAAGUGACUAUACAAAAGCAAGUCUCUUAUGAACCAGCUCCAGUACCUGUUGCACAACCUCAAGUCCAGCCCCAGCAACCUCAAGUAGUUUCCAUUGAUCCUCCCAGUCCAGUCUAUGUUUCGAGACCCCAGACAGUACAAUACGUACAACCUGCUCCUCAACCAAGACCUCAGCCUAUACAAGUGACUAUACAAAAUCAAGCCCCUUAUGCACCAGCUCCAGCUCCAAUACCCGUUCCACAACCUCAAGUCCAGCCCCAGCAACCUCAAGUCGUUCCCAUUCAGCUCACCAUACAAAAGUCUGAAGAGUCCCAAUAUGUCCCUACUAUCGCCUAUGAACCAUCGCCGGUUACAUCUGGUACUGCCUCCUGGAAUACCGACUCCUGGACCACAGGAACCUACGGGAAAGGAGAAAACAAUGGCAUUGGAUGUUAA